AUGGACGCCUCAACCUCGUCGUCGUCCGGCUUCUCUACCGCCGCGUCCUCGGCGCACCCGCAGCAGGCCGCCACCGUCGCGCCGCCGCCGCCCCCGGCGCAGAAGACGCCGAGCACCGACGUAUUCAUCCGGGACCUCAACCUCGUGGCCGAGGCCGCGAAGCGCGCCCAGGGCAUCGCCAUCUCGUAG